AUGUCCCGCCACUGCCUCCAGGGCCUCCCUCGGCCCCAGCAUCACUCUCCCCUGGGAGCUACGGCCGCUGUCGCUGACGCCUGGCUCUGUCCCGGCCCACGUCCCACAGGAGAGCCCGCAGGCCUGCUGAACUUGCUCUCAGAGACCAGGCCGGGCUCGGGUGCCUCCAGACGUGGUGGCUCUCACACUGACGCGCAGAGGCCUGGAGCUGCUGGGACAGAAACAGCUGUAGGUGCCUUGCUCUUCCCGCCCACGUGGCUGGGUGGGCAGUCCGGCUUCACGGCCUCGCCUGCUCGAACCGAAGCCAAUGCCCGCUCCCCGCUCAGUCCCGUCCCAGGACCCCGGAGGCGGGAGCAGCAGCACAUCCAGGGCCGCGCUGGGCUUCUCCCACGGACUCUGCCCCUCCCACUACCAAAUGCUCACGGGGAGGUGGCCCGUGACUCACGGAGCCAGCCCUCUCCCGGGGGAGGCGGCCUGUCGGCCCUUCCUCAGACUCCCGGCUCAGCCCGGGAGGCGGCGGGCGUGGGGUCUCCCUCGCAGAGACGGGCCCAGAGGUUUACACGUUUUCUAAGCUUUUGA